AUGGGUCGCGAAUUACAAAAGCGCAAGAACCGCUCCGGUAUCUCCAAGGUCAGGAGAAAGCCCAAGUCGAAGAAGCUGCACCUGGGCAAUGCCAUUAUCGCACAGAACUGGGACAAUUCACAAACGCUUGAGCAGAAUUACAAGCGCUUAGGUCUUGCGUCCAAGCUGAACAAGCAUACCGGUGGUGUGGAGAAGAGAGCCGAAGAGAUCAUCCGUGCGCGUGAGGAGGCAGCGCAGGAUGGUCUGAAGUCGAGGAAGAACGACGAUUUGGCUAUCGCCCAUGUGAGACGGCCAGAGAAGCUUGAAUUAUCUGAAGCGAAAAUUGAGAGGGAUCCCGAGACUGGCAAAAUCUUGCGAGUGGUAGAGGAUGGACGGAAGCUCAAUCCUUUGCAUGAUCCACUGGCUGAGCUGGACAGCGAGGACAAGGACGAUGUGGCUUUCAACCAGCAUGCGAGCACAGAUGUUCAGUAUGUGAAUGCUGCUGGCGCGAAAACGGAAGUGGUGAGAGAGCUUGAGCGGGAAGCGAGCCGACCGAAGAAAACGCAUAAGCCAAGACAGAGUGAGGGUGAGCGGGCUUUCAUUGCUGAGUUGGUGGAGAAGCAUGGUGAUGAUUUCACUGCUAUGGCGAGAAAUAUGAAGAUCAAUUACAUGCAGCGGUCUGAAGGGGAUUUGAGGAAGAGGGUGAAGAAGUGGCGAGAGAGUGGUGGUACAGUGGACCGGUGA